UGUAGUUUACCUUUCAGCAGCAGUUUAUCUUGGCGAAAUGGACUCGCAUGGGCCUGGAGGAGGACCGGGUUGGGGAGGCCCUGCGGGAUGGGGCCCAGGAGGGUGGGGUCCGGUUCCACCUGGCGGGCCUGGGUUUCCUGGUGGACCUGACCCGGGUUCCUGGGGGCCUGGGUUCGGUGGAUUCUUCGGAUCAUGCUUCUAUCUCCUGUGCUGCUGCUGCCUGCUCCAAGAUUGCUGCGGGCCUCUGUUCGGACAUCCGGGCCCUGGCGGUUCGCCGCCCCCUUUCUGAUAGCCCACGGAGCCGCCGGCCAUAUCCACUACAAGAAACAAUGCACUUGACCACAAUUCCAGGACUAAGUGUCAGCGGGAGAACGCGGUUGGGUUAAGAUAUUUGCAUCUUGGGAGUUCCCCUUGCUACUAUGUAAACUCUACUGAACUCACACUUAUGGUCUUGGUAGUAUCUAUCCUGGAGAUGAUUGAUUCAGUAUUACAGAGUUCACUAGUGUUAUUUCAGUAGCCGUUAGCAACAACAAAGGCUCCCUGUACUUUAGAGUACCUUGAUGAUGCAUUUAUCAGGCUCUCUUCCUUCACAUUCCAUACUAGCAAC